AAGCCUUUUCCAAGCUUUUGCAGCAGAUAGCAGCAAAAUACAAUUGUUGCUUAUGUAAUCAAAAUAACAACGAUAUUGUUGAAACUCACGUGCAUUUCGGUUUGGAAAUACAGCAGUAUAGCGUAUAGAGUAGGCCUAGCCUGCAGUUACAAAUGCUUAUCACCACCAGUGUUAUUGAACUACUCUUGCAUAAUUCCUAAGGGUCAAUUGCAGUGUGUUUAACUGGAGUGUAAACCUCUACACCACAAAACGGCAUCAACUGGAAUAGGUAAUGCUUAUUUCACAGGUUUGGACAGGUUCUCCAGUUGUUACGCAGACUGUAGUUAUGUGGUCUAGAGGUUUAAACCCUUCUAGCCUUUGAAGUCAUUCUUACAACAUGUUUGGAGUGCGUUAAUAAUGCUUGUUAAUCAGUUUUAAAGUUAUCACCUGGUGCUAUAGCCAUUCCUGCUAGAAUGUACGUGAAAGCCUAGCUCUGCUCGAAAUGUAACUUAUCCUAGACACGUUUUAUUCUUGCUGUAGAUGGCAGCAAAAUACUAUUGUAGCUCUUUUAAUUAAAAAACGAUAUUGUUGAAACUGACAUGCAUUUCCCCCCCGAAUACAGCAAUAUAACGUUAACGGUGGUUAAGUACCCAGCCUUUAAAAACGCACAGGCACCACCAGUGUUGUUAUUGAACUACACCUUUGCGUAAUUCCCAAGUAUUCCGCUUUUGAGCUGCAAUGUAUAGCCUACUAUAGGUUUUGGUUAAAGUGUGUUUGUUUUGUUGUUUGGCAACCCCCCAAAGGAUAAUACACAGUCGCCCAGUCAACAGAUAACUCGUUGAUUAUUGGGCUACCUCGAGUCGGUAAAUACCAGAUUAAUGCAAUAUAAUCACUACGAAAAAAAGUAAUUUGACCGGUCCAAUUUUUUUUCUUCAGUUUUUUGGCAACACCAUGAUGUUUAGAAAUCAUACAUUUGGCCUGUUUUUCUUGAUUAAGUACUUUUACACUUUAAGACAAUACUACUUGUAAUACUGAGGAAAUGCUAUUUAUAAUUACAUGCUACUACAUUAGGCCAUAGUUGGCUAUUAUUACCGGCACCAGUCUACAGGUAGAUAAGUGGCUCGCAGCCCUACCAACCACGCGCGAUGCGAUGUGCACGCGCACCUCAGCAUUGCUCUCGCUGCAGCUGGCUGCAAUGGCGGAGCGGUAAGGUAAAGUAGGAGAUGAUACUGUGAGUGUAAUGAGUACUUCGCAUUUUUAUAAGGGGUCAAUAUGGCCAAAUCACUGGAAUAAAGCAAGAAAACGUAUAGGCAAAAGAAGCCCCAGGUGGCUGUCUGGAAAAAAACGUACUGAUUUUUCAAUGCCAUAACCCGAUCGGAAACACAGGGACAUCGGCAAGCAGUUUGAAAGCUGUCUUAGCGAGCAAGCUCAGUGUGCAGUAACCACCACCCAAGACUCGCUUACUUUAUUGAACAUUGACCGGAGCGGACCAACUUGAGUCGGACUGAACCUGGAGAUCAUGGCUGAGAGGAAUUCUGCUGGAUUACUUAUGAUGAUGCUGGAGCCUACUCCGCCAGCAGCGAUGACCCUACCCGCGGAGGUGCGAGAGAAGCUGGCAGAACUAGAGUUGGAGCUUUCUGAAGGGGACAUCACACAGAAGGGAUAUGAAAAGAAGAGAGGAAAGCUCCUAGCUCCAUACAUCCCACAGAUUCGAGGUGUAGACCCGUCUCUCCAGAUUGACAGCAGAGUCCACUCCCCGCAGGUCACUCCUGCUGUCUCCAAGCAGAACAGAGCCCAUGCUGCCAACUCUCGGGAUGAGCGCUUUCGAUCCGACCUCCACACAGAAGCCGUCCAUGCAGCCUUGGCCAAGUACAAAGAGAGGAAGAUGCCCAUGCCGUCAAAGAGGCGCUCAGUGUUAGUGCAGUCCUCUGUGGAGGCAUACACACCACCAGACACCUCAUCGGCUUCGGAAGACGAGGGCUCGCUGCGUCGGCAGGGCCGGACCGCCUCCUCCACCCCCUCCUACCAGGCCCACCCCAGCGUGGAGCACUGGUUUAACAGGGUCAUCCAGGGCUCCUCCACCUCAUCCUCCGCAUCCUCCACCUCAUCCAUCCCCGGAGGGAGGCCGCACGCCACCAACACCAGCUCCUCGGCCACCACCGUGCUGGCCCACCUCAUGGCCCAGACCCAGCUAGAUAACCACUCGGCGCCCCCAGAUGUGACGGGCCUGCUGGAGCGCCCGGCGCUCGUGGAGCGGCCCCAGGUGGCGUCGGUGCGAGGGGUCCCCCGGGGCUUCGGCCUGGAGACCGCAGAUGGUGUUCCGGUGAACAGUCGGGUCUCCUCCAAAAUCCAGCAGCUGUUGAACACGCUGAAGAGGCCCAAGCGGCCGCCCUUGCGGGAGUUCUUUGUCGACGACUUUGAAGAGAUGCUGGAUGUCCAGCAGCCUGACCCAAACCAGCCCAAGCCCGAGGGAACCCAGAUGAUCCCUCUCAGCGGGGAGCCCCUGGGCGUGGUCACUAACUGGCCCCCCUCCCUGCUGGCCUCCCUGCAGCGCUGGGGCACCACCCAGCCCAAAAGCCCCUGCCUUACCGCGCUGGACAACGCCGGCAAGCCCACCUACACCCUCACUUAUGGGAAGCUGUGGACCAGGUGUCUGAAGUUGGCCUACACCCUGCUGAACAAACUCAGCUCCAGGAACGAGCCCCUUCUGCGGCCUGGAGAUCGCGUUGCACUAGUGAUCCCAAACAAUGACCCGGUGAUGUUUAUGGUGGCGUUCUAUGGGUGUCUCCUGGCAGAACUGGUGCCCGUGCCCAUUGAGGUGCCCCUGACACGUAAGGAUGCAGGAAGUCAACAGAUCGGCUUCCUGUUGGGCAGCUGUGGAGUGACCCUGGCUCUGACCACAGACGCCUGUCAGAAGGGACUACCCAAAGCUCAGACGGGAGAAGUUGCAACCUUCAAAGGCUGGCCUCGGGUUCUGUGGUUUGUGACGGACGGAAAGCAUGUCGCCAAGCCCCCGAAAGACUGGCACCCGGCGAUACGGGACGCCAACAACGAGAUCGCUUACAUCGAGUACAAGACCAGCAAAGAGGGCAGCACCAUGGGUGUGACGGUGCCCCAUUCUGCCAUGUUGGCGCACUGUCAUGCCCUCACGCAGGCAUGUGGCUACACCGAGGCUGAAACCAUCACUAAUGUCCUGGACUUCAAGAGGGAUGCUGGACUUUGGCACGGAGUUCUCACAAGUGUAAUGAACAGGAUGCACGUCAUCAGCAUCCCCUACUCUCUGAUGAAAGUCAACCCUCUGUCCUGGAUUCAGAAAGUGCACACCUACAAAGCCCGGGUGGCGGUGGUGAAGUCGCGGGACAUGCACUGGUCACUUCUGGCCCAGCGAGAUCAGAGGGACAUCAGCCUCAGUUCACUGCGGAUGCUCAUCGUAGCAGAUGGAGCAAACCCCUGGUCCAUCUCCUCCUGCGAUGCCUUCCUCAACGUGUUUCAGGCACGAGGGCUUCGGCCGGAGGUGAUCUGCCCUAGCGCCAGCUCUACCGAAGCCUUGACAGUCGCCAUCCGCAGACCCCCGGAGAUGGGUGUUCCCCCUCCAGGAAAGGCGGUGCUGUCGAUGAGCAGCCUGAGCCACAGUGUGAUCAGGGUGGACACUGAGGAGAAGCUCUCUGUGCUGACUGCGCAGGAUGUGGGACAGGUCAUGCCGGGCGCGCUGGUGUGUGUGGUGCGGGUGGACGGGAUGCCCUCUCUGUGUCGGACGGAUGAGGUGGGGGAGAUCUGCGUGAGCUCCAGCAGCACUGGCAUAUCCUACUUCGGCCUGCCGGGCAUGACCAAGAAUAUCUUUGAGACAAUUCCGGUGACAGAAUCAGGGGUUCCCAUCAGUGACCGAACCUUUACUCGAACCUCUCUGCUCGGCUUUGUUGGACCGGACAACCUGGUAUUUGUUGUCGGGAAGAUGGAGGGGUUGAUGGUGGUCAGUGGGCGGAGACACAACGCCGACGACGUGGUUGCCACGGCGCUGGCAGUGGAACCAAUGAAGUUCGUCUACAGGGGAAGGAUAGCGGUGUUUUCGGUGUCGGUGCUCCACGACGAGCGCAUCGUGGUCGUGGCGGAGCAGCGGCCUGACGCGUCUGAGGAGGACAGCUUCCAGUGGAUGAGUCGAGUGCUGCAGGCCAUUGACAGUAUCCACCAGGUGGGGGUGUACUGCCUGGCGCUGGUUCCCGCCAAUACGCUGCCCAAAGCCCCGCUGGGGGGCAUUCACAUCUCAGAGACCAAGCAGCGCUUCCUGGAUGGGGCCUUGCACCCCUGCAAUGUCCUCAUGUGCCCCCACACCUGCGUCACCAACCUGCCCAAACCCCGUCAGAAACAGCCAGAGGUGGGCCCUGCUUCUAUGAUAGUGGGGAACCUGGUGGCAGGGAAGAGAAUUGCUCAGGCCUGUGGGAGGGACGUGGCUCAGAUGGAGGACAAUGACCAGUUCCUGUACAUGCAAGAUGUCCUACAGUGGAGAGCUCAAGCAACUCCAGAUCACCCUCUCUUUCUGGUGCUAAAUGCCAAGGGCACUGUGGCCAGCACUGCCUCCUGCCUGCAGCUGCACAAGCGGGCGGAGAGAGUUGCCGUGGCGCUGAUGGAGAAGGGGAGGCUGAACACAGGGGACCAUGUGGCCCUGGUCUAUCCUCCAGGCAUCGACCUCAUCGCCACCUUCUACGGGUGUCUGUACGCCGGCUGUGUGCCCGUAACCGUCAGACCCCCUCACCCUCAGAACCUGGCCACCACCCUCCCCACCGUCAAGAUGAUCGUGGAGGUGAGCAAGUCAGUGUGCAUCCUGACCACCCAAGCAAUAAUAAGGCUGCUGAAAUCCAAAGAGGCCAUGGCAGCCGUGGACGUGAAGGCGUGGCCCAUGGUGCUGGACACAGAUGACCUCCCGAGAAAAAAGACCCCGCAGAUCUACAAGCCUCCCACCCCAGAGAUGCUGGCAUAUCUGGACUUCAGUGUGUCCACCACUGGCAUACUAGCAGGAGUGAAGAUGUCCCAUGCUGCUACCAGUGCCUUGUGUCGCUCCAUCAAGCUGCAGUGCGAGCUGUACCCCUCCCGGCAGAUUGCCAUUUGCCUGGACCCUUACUGCGGCCUGGGAUUCGCCCUCUGGUGCCUCUGCAGUGUGUACUCCGGUCACCAGUCCAUCCUGGUCCCUCCCCUGGAGCUGGAGAGCAACGUGUCCCUCUGGCUGACGGCGGUCAGCCAGUACAAGGUGCGCGUCACCUUCUGCUCCUACUCCGUCAUGGAGAUGUGCACCAAGGGUCUGGGCUCCCAAACGGAGGCGCUACGGAUGCGGAACGUGAACCUGUCGUGCGUGCGCACCUGCAUGGUGGUGGCGGAGGAGCGUCCCCGCAUCGCCCUCACUCAGUCCUUCUCCAAGAUCUUCAAGGACCUGGGCCUCUCCCCCCGCGCCGUCAGCACCACCUUCGGCUGCAGGGUCAACGUGGCCGUCUGCCUGCAGCCCAACAGGUUGGGGAAGCUGGCUGAGCAGGGUACUGCUGGUCCAGACCCCACUACAGUCUUCCUGGACAUGAAGGCCUUGAGACACGACAGGGUGCGUCUGGUGGAGAGAGGGUCUCCGCACAGCCUACCUCUGAUGGAGUCUGGAAAGAUCCUGCCUGGUGUCAAGGUGAUCAUUGCCAACACGGAAACCAAAGGGCCGCUGGGAGAUUCGCAUCUGGGAGAGAUCUGGGUCAGUAGCCCCCACAAUGCGUCGGGCUACUACACGGUGUUCGGGGAGGAGGUGCUGCAUGCGGACCACUUCAACACCAGACUGAGCUUCGGCGACACGCAGACCGUGUGGGCGCGCACGGGCUACCUGGGCUUCCUGCGCCGCACAGAGCUGACCGACGCCAGCGGAGAACGGCAUGACGCACUUUAUGUAGUGGGCUCCCUGGACGAAACCCUGGAGCUGAGGGGCAUGAGGUACCACCCCAUUGACAUCGAGACGUCCAUCAUCCGAUCGCACAAGAGCAUCGCAGAAUGCGCGGUGUUCACCUGGACCAACCUGCUGGUGGUGGUGGUGGAGCUGGCGGGCUCCGAGCAGGAAGCACUGGACUUGGUAGCCCUGGUGACCAACGUGGUUCUGGAGGAGCACUACCUGAUCGUGGGGGUGGUGGUGGUGGUGGACCCUGGGGUCAUCCCCAUCAACUCCAGAGGCGAGAAACAACGCAUGCACCUACGCGAUGGCUUCCUGGCUGACCAGCUAGACCCCAUCUAUGUGGCCUACAACAUGUGAUCACAUCUACAAGGCCUGCAAAACGUGACCCCAUCUAUGAGGCCCACAACAUGUGACCCCAUCUAUGAGGCUCACAACAUGCGACCCCAUUUAUGAGGCCCACAACAUGUGACCCCAUCUAUGAGGCCUGCAACAUGUGACCCCAUCUAUGAGGCCUGCAACAUGUGACCCCAUCUAUGAGGCCCGCAACAUGUGACCCCAUCUAUGAGGCCCGCAACAUGUGACCCCAUCUAUGAGGCCCGCAACAUGUGACCCCAUCUCUGAGGCCCGCAACAUGUGACUCCGUCUACGAGGCCUGCAAAAUGCGACUCCGUCUAUGAGAUCUGGAAUAUGUGACCUUAUCUACGAGGUCUACCUCAUGUGAACAUGAGACAGAAGAGGAAUGGCAGAGAAGAGGUCUCUGCACACUAGAAAGAGAAGGAUGAGGAUGCAAACAGUAACUCCAUUUGUAUAGCUGCUUUUACUUCUCACACGUUACCUUAGCAAAUAUAGACAGUUCUAUACAGUGUUUAUUUUAAUACGACUUUUUCACUGUCAUCGGCAAUCUGAAAGUACAUGUAUUCCUGUUACCAUCAGGGCUGGACUAGCAGUCUACUGUUGUCUCAUUUCUCUGGAGUGUUGGUUUGGAUUUGCUCCAGUUGUGUGCUCAAAGCACAUUCUAGGGUGCAGGGAGUGUGAGGCUGUGAACAAGGGGGGUGUGGUUUAAUUAACAUGCCUCAUUUCACUCUGCUGGGUGAUAACAUUCUUCUGUCAUUUCUGGAUUUCUCUGUCAUAAGUGCAUUUACCAGUUUCAUUCCUCAGUUACUAUUGGAUUGGCUAUCUGAUCCUUACAGAAUCUGGAUUGUAUUUUAAUAAUAGUCUUACCAUGACUUGUCUUGCUCAAAAUGUUUGUCUGAUGCAAUAUAACUUACCAUGUGUUUUUUUGUAAAUUCAGAUGCAAUGAUGCUUUUGUAUUAACUCAGUUAACCUUAUGCUUAAAUGGGACUGUAUAUUUAUUUUAUAUUGAAACCCUUGCUUACUUUGCAUUGACCCUACAGUGGUAUCAUGUGACACAAUAGAAAAGAAAGAAUCUUUAAUUUUCUUAAUCAGAUCUCAACGUGGUGUCCUUUUUUAUGAAUUGAAGAGAGCAAGCGGGUAAAUAAUUAAACCCAUUUCCUGCUGGUGUAGAGAGGAUGCACUGGGCCAAAUAAUUCUCUCUCAUGGUUGUAGUAGCACUUGGAUGUAGUAACACAUGGUGUUCACUGUGGGGAUUUUAAACUACACAGCAUUUCAGUUACAAAACAAUCCAGUUUCAGUCUUAUUUUCCCCUAGAGCCGUGGUCAAUUGCAUAGAAUAGUGUGCCCAUUUUUCAUUUCCUGAAUUAACUGAAAUGGAUUUGACCCCAUUCUGUUAUCUACACAUUUCCUAGACUUCGAAUAAAUAUUGUUUAAGGGCAAGAGUGAAUAGCCUCUAUAAAAAGUAGUUCUUGAAAGUGACAAAUGUGUUUCGGCAGAAUUACAAGUUGAGUGGUUGUGCUUCCUUGCUGAAUGUGUACAAGAUGGAUGUUUUGUAUUAGUUUUACAAAGGGUGCAUUAUAUGAAUCCAAUGUGAAAUUCAAAAGGCUGGUUUUUACAUACAUUUCUCUUCAGUCAUUUUAUUUGAGCUUUCCUUGUGGAAACGUAUUUAAUUCCUUCAACAUCCUAAAGUGAUCUUAAUAUCAGUUAAUUUAAUUUCAGUUUCAGUUGAUGCAGAAGGGCAAUUUCAGCCUCACAAGGUUCCAAUGCACUUUCAAUGUUACACCUCUAAUGACAAGUUGUGAUCCUAGGCCCAUUUUCUGGACUAGCUUGAGAGAAUGAGUGCGAUGAGAAUGUUGUUGACAACUUGCUUCCUCAAUAUGCUUCUUUUUCACCAGCUUAUGCGCAGUGCUCAGAAACAGGUGGCAAGCCUGCUGUAAUUAUGUACAGAUCCUGUGUAAUUUAUUAAAGUGUUUCUGGGACUCCAGACAUUCCAGACCUGGUUGUAGAGAGGACUGAACCUGCUGAGAACAGACUUCUAAAUCAGCCAGAUUUUUAAAUGUGGUAGUUUUGUUUUAUAAGCGGUAAAUAAAAAAUAACAAAACCUCAUGUAAGAUUUUGUAUCAGAAACAUAGCAUCAUUGAUCCUGUUUGCUUAUAGAAAAAUAAAAUAUAAAAAGGAAGCACAUAUCUGAAAGUGAAAAAUGACUGUUGCUGUGAAGAAGCAGCCCAAAGAUGUUUGGUUCCUUCAUAUUCUAAGCAUUUUCUGAGCACAUUUAAAACUGUGGACAUUUAUAUGAGGAAGCAUUUGGAUGACAUUAUGUCUUUAAUUUAUGUUCAGAAGCUUCAAAUAAAGUGCUUUUCUUAUCUGUAAA